GGAGUGCGCAGGCGCCGUGAGCCCAGUGACGCGUCCUGCCCUUUGCCGGUGCCCAGGCGUUGCUGGCAGACACGCGAACAUGGCGGCCUUCUCAGGUACGUGGAGAUGCUUGGGGGGAAUGGGGAGGCGGGAGGAAGAACGGAAGCUUGGGGGGGCCCGAGUUGCCUGCCUCUGGGUUCCGCUUGGACUCCAAAGCUCUAGCCCCCCCCCGGAUUCCGGGGAGCCCCUUCAUUCCUGUAAGAGCCAGGCCUCUUUCGACCCAGAAAGGUUGGGAUCCAGCGGGAUCCCUAAUGGAAGGGGACACCUGGGUGGAAAGGAUCCAGGGGUCUUCGUAGACACUGCAAGCUGGACGUGAGCAAAACUGUGGUGAUGCUGCAGCAAAAUAAAAUAAAAGCUAAGACUAUAUUAUAUUUUCAUUAAAUUUUCUAUUUUACAAUUUAAUAUAUAUAUUUUUUAAUUUCCCAUUUAAUAUUAUACAUUGACAUCAUCAUUAUCCACUUUACCACUUUGGCUCUUUAGAGCCUAUCAACUUCCUUCCCUCCCGCCUCAUGGCUUUCAAAAUUAACCUUUAUAUCACUGCAUUUUGAACGUUUUCCAGUUCUAAUUGCACUCAUUACAAAUUAGCUCAAAAUUUAAAUAAAAAUAGAAAGAUAGAAAAUUUCUCAUGACAAGUCUUCAGACAACCCUGCUAGUGACGUUAAUUGCUUACAAUAAUCUUUCAUAUAAAUUUACUCCACUCCUUUUGGAAUACUUGAUCAUGCUGGUUUCGAAUUUUACAAUUUAAAGUACUUGUUUAUAUGUCCUUAAGAUAUCAAUGACUUCCCUGCUUCUCUUUCCAUGGUUCAUUUUACAUAUAAUAAAUCCCUGCAUAUUUUACAAAAACUAUACCGUUCAGUAUUCCAGUAUUACAUCCAUCAACACUUAUUUACACUGUUGAAUUUAUCUUAAUGCUGCCAGCAUGAAAACACUGAAAAGGCUAAGGCUAUUCUAGGCAGCAUCAACAGAAGACUAGUGCCCAGGUCGAAGGAAAGGAAUAGUCCUGCUCGAUUCUGCCUUGGCCAGACCACACCUGGAAUACUGUGUCCAAAAGAGUACCAUCCCUGCCAAGUCUGAUUCAGCGCAAAUUUUAAAGCACAUUUAAUAAAAUAUGCAAACCGCAUCGACAGUGUGAUGCAGCAGCAAACGAAUCUAAGGCUGCAUCAACAGAAGUCUAGUGUCCAGGUCAAAGGGAAGUAAUAGUCCAGCUCGAUUCUGCCUUGGCCAGACCACACCUGGAGUGCCGUGUCCAGUUCUGGGCACCACAGUUUAAGAAGGGUGUUGACAAGCUGGAAUGUGUGCAGAGGAGGGCGACCAAGAGGAUCAAGGGUCUGGACACCAAGCCUUAUGAGGAACAGUUGAGGGAGCUGGGUAUAUUUAGCAUGGAAAAGAGGAGAUAUGAUAGCCAUUGUCAAACAUCUCAAAGGCUCUCACAUGAAAGACAGAGCAAGCUUGUUUUCUCCUGCUGCAGAGGGUAGGACCCAAAGCAAUGAAUUCAAGUUACAAGGAAAUAGUUCUGCCUGGAGUUUAGUUAGAAUCUUUCUGCCUAUAAGAGCUGCGUGACAGUGGAACAGACACCCAUGAGAGGUGGGGGACUCUCCUGCCUUAGAGGUUUUUAAGCAGAGGUUGGGUGACCAUCUGUCAUGAGUGCUUUAGUGGACAUUGCUACAUUGCAGGGGGUUGGCCUAGACAAGCCUUACAACUCUAUGAUUCUAUGCAUGUUUACAUAAGAGUAAGUCUCACUGCAUAUAAUUCUCCUUUCUUUUCAGUAUACAUACUUAGGAUUUGCUAUGUUUCUUCUUCUUUUGGUUAUUGCAUUUAUAUAGUGUGACUUUUCCUUCAAGAAGCUCAAGGUGGCAUACAUGGUUCUCCUACCUGUUUUCCCCCUCAUAGCAUGGACUGCUAACACUUCUGUUUGUUUAAUUUUCUUGCAGAGAUGGGUGUGAUGCCAGAAAUUGCUCAAGCUGUGGAAGAGAUGGACUGGUUGUAAGUAUGACACACACACACCCAUUUAUGUGUAGCCUUCCAGAGUUGUAAUCAAGAAUACCACAAAUGGUGCUUCUGGAAAUUUUGCCAUGUUUCAAUGGAAAUUACUUGGGAUAGUGAAGUUACCGUGCUUGUGUGGUGAAUACCUGUGAAUAACUUCUGCUGAAAAACUGAUGUUUGAAUCAAGCACCCACUAAAAAUCUGAUUCAGAUUGUAAAAUGCUUGUACAAAGCUAAUUUUAGUAUUGCAGACAGAAUUCUUGUAUCACAGCACUGUGCAAAUCAAGUUUUCUUUUAUAAACACCCUGAUAAAUGCCACAUUGUUACAGCUUGGGCUUUGUUACCUUUUUCUUGUAGACUUCCUACAGAUAUCCAAGCAGAGUCCAUCCCGUUAAUUUUAGGAGGUGGUGAUGUACUUAUGGUAUGUAUAUUUGUAAACCCAGAAGCCAUUCUGACUUGCAAGCAGUAUAUAAAUUAUAGUAAAAUAAUAUUGCCACAGUCUGUCUUAUAGAUAGUAUUGUUUUGUCUUAUAGAUAAUAUUGUUCCCUGUGACCCUCAUUAUUUGUGCAGCACUAUGAUAAUCAUGCUUACUCAGAAGUAAUGAGCACAUGAAGAAGGAAGGUUGCUAGAAGACAGUGCAUAAAAUCAAAUCCCCUUUGAAAUUACUGCUCUUUAUUCUGUAUGUAUGUGACACAUUAUGCCUUAGCUGCUACUCUUGAAACCCACAUAGAACAGACUGUAUGUUUGAGUAUUAUUUUAUUAUUCAAUAAAUAUGGGAGAGAGUUCUCCCAGUAUUUUAAUAACACAAAGGGUUUAAACUUGUGAUUUAAUUGCUGUACAUGUAACCAUUGUAUCUUAAUUUUCUUAUCAAAUCUCAUUUCUACACAGGCUGCAGAAACUGGGAGUGGAAAAACUGGUGUAAGUGAAAUUUACGUUCUGAACUAUAAAACAAUUUUUGGGUAUACAUUCAGGUUGUGGACAGUUUUAUCUUAAGUUUAAAGUACUCCAUUAAAUAGCAAUAGAUCCUGAAAGUUUUGUUAGCAUGUUGACAUAGAGUACUCAGAAACUGAACAUUUGUUUUUCCUUUGUUUAAUCAUAAGCACUUUGAAACCAGAGUCUAGAAGAAAACAAUUGGUUCAGAUUGUAUAAUUUAAAUAAGCAACUUCAUAUUUCAGGCAUUCAGCAUCCCAGUUAUUCAGAUUGUUUAUGAAACUCUUAAGGACCAACAGGAAGGCAAAAAGGGGAAAACCACUAUAAAAACUGGUGGAGGAGGUAAGCCUUUUUCUAAAACAUUCACUGUCCCAAUACCUGAAACCUGAUGCAAGUUGAAUUUUACAAACAUCAUUUGUUCAGUCGCUGCUCCUGCCAACCUACCUCUGUAGUAUGUAAAUCCCAAUGGUUUGAAUCUAGGGAUGUUUUAUAUGAAGACACCUGUCAAACAUGCUAUAAUUGUUCAACAAAUAGACUUGUGGUACUUCAUAGUACUGUAUGGUAUAGCUGUUUUUUCUUCUUCUUCUCAACAGUGCUCAACAAAUGGCAAAUGAAUCCAUAUGACAGAGGAUCUGCUUUUGGUAAGUUUGAUAGUAACUUUUCUAGCAAUGAAACAAUAAUUAGCUGAAAAUCAAGCCCAAAAUUUAGGUACGUUUCACCACUAUGGCUUGGGUCUGAGGUAAGAUGAUCCGAAAAUCCUCUGUUUGCCUUUCUGAUCUUUAGAGGAAUGACAGCACAUAUAACCAAAUUAAAUUUUCCCCAUUGAUGUCACUAGAGAAACUCAACUAUUGUUUAUUAUUAUUAUUUGAAUUCCAACAGUAUGUAUAAGCAUAGCAGAUUGGACAUGGGGUACAUAUUCCUAUAGGUCUUAGCGCUUACACAAAAAAGAGGAGAUCUUCAUGUGAUAUGAAGAUGCCAUUGCAGAUUUUAAAACUGUUCAAAGAUCAUGAGAGGGUGAUAGGUUAAGUCUUUGGAGUUGUAAUUUGCUUAAUGUCUACAAAAUGUUACCAUGUGAGUUGUUUGAGGGGGGUUGAAAGUGGGUGUACAGUCAUACCUUGGGUUACAGACGCUUCAGGUUGCGUUUUUCCAGGUUGCAGACUGCUGAAACCCGGAAGUACCAGAACGGGCUACUUCCGGGUUUUGACAGUCGUGCAUGCGCAGAAGCGGUAAUUGUGCUUUGGCAUGUGCAGAAGCGCCGAAUCGCAUGCCAUGCGUGCGCAGAUGCGGGUUGCGAACGCGCAUCCCGCACAGAUCACGUUCGCAACCCGAGCGUCCACUGUAGUAGUAGUUGCUGUUUUUAAACUUGUUUGCUACAGUUUUAACUUCUGAGCUACUUUCAGUGGAAUCAAAACAUUUGAUAGAACAGCUUUGAAGGAUGUACAGUGGUGCCUCGCAAGACGAAAUUAAUCCGUUCCGCGAGAGUCUUCGUCUAGCGGUUUUUUCGUCUUGCGAAGCAACCCUAUUAGCGGCUUAACGGAUUAGCGCUAUUAGCAGUUUAGCGGCUAUUAAAGGCUUAAAGGCUUAGCGGAUUAGCUGCUAAAAGGCUAUUAAAGGCUAUUAAAGGCUUAGCAGAUUAAAUAAAGGGGGCGAAAAGCGAAAAAAAAAUCUCAAGACUUGCAAGACAUUUUCGUCUUGCGAAGCAAGCCCAUAGGGAAAUUCGUCCUGCGAAGCAGCUCAAAAACGGAAAACCCUUUCGUCUAGCGGGUUUUCCGUCUUGCGAGGCAUUCGUCUUGCGGGGCACCACUGUAUUUGAUUCUUGUCAGAUGAUGCUUUAACUUCGUCAACACAAGGACAUAAUUACACAUAUCCAUAGCUUCAUUGUUUUUCUUACGAGAGUUUGUACACAGCUAUUUUUUGCAAAGUUUGCUGUCUUUACAUAAAGCUGGUAUUUUGUAUCUGCGACUGGAAGAGGUCUUUGGGGUUUUCAGAUGUGUCUUUUCUGUUGUUCAGCUAUUGGGUCUGAUGGUCUGUGCUGCCAAAGCAGGGAGAUCAAAGAAUGGCAUGGAUGCCGAUCAACAAAAGGCGUGACUAAAGGUACCAAAAACUACAUCAGUGUUUGUGUGCAUAUGUAAAGUUCGUUUUUGAAAUAAGAAUGCGCCGAAUAAACAUUUACUUUCUUGUCUGCCUUCAGAAUACUGACUACAGAUUUAGGCAAACAGGCAUUUUUACAUGGUAGCCAACAUCACUCAGAUGGCUACUUCAUUUUGAGAAUAAAAGAACUUUUUGUUUGUGCCAGUUGAAAUGGUUAUUUUUAAUAUUAAGUCAAAUAUAUCUCUUCUGAAUCGAAAAGUUAGCAAAGCUGAAAUUAGUUACAUGUAAAUAUUUCUAAAAUGUUCUAGGGAAAUAUUAUUAUGAAGUAUCUUGUCGUGACCAGGGUUUAUGCAGAGUCGGGUGGUCCUCUAUGCAAGCGUCAUUAGAUUUGGGUGAGUAUUUACAUAAGGAACUAUGCUGAAAUCUAGGUUACCUGCUAGCAGUCACUGAUUCUUCUUGCUCAUUAAGGGCAUCCCUUCUUAUUGCAACGAAAUAACUACAAUGCUGGGGUGUGGGAUUCUCUGCUCAAGCUUAGAAAUCAGACUAAAGGACAUAAGAUUUCAUUAAAAAAAUAUUGUUAUGUUCAUUCCAUAAAAUAAUCUAAAACUGAUCAUCUGCAGAGCUGCACCAAAUUUUGACAUUCAAAUAUUUAGGGGACACAGAAUAUGCUUUCCUAUGCAGGCAUACUACCUUAAUAAUAUUGCCUGCCAUUUUUGCAGAUCUGAUAUGUGGCUGCUUUAGUACCAUUCUCAGCCUUUGUUUUACUUAUGUGACCAUCCGAUCAGGGAUCAGUAAUAACUGUGGCAACAUCACAGCAACUUCAGUCAGAUUUUAAUACCUGAUCUAACAGAGUAAGCAAAGCCUGCUCGUUGUUCUUACUCUGAAUUGCGGCUUUUCUUGUCUCUCAGCACUUCACGGCAAGUUUUUUUGCUUUGUAGUACUUAUGCAUCACUAGUUGUGGCAGAAUGUGGGUGUGCAUCCCCAUCCACACUCUUCUGCAAGUAAUCAACUGUGUAGCACUGGAUCAGGUGAGAGACUGGCAGCCUUGUUGCCCUUUCACCAGGAAUCUGUUCCUCACUUCUCCCAGCAGAAGAGGUGCAGAAUAUUACUGGGGAAAGAGGCUGCUUUCAUGGAGGGUUCAGAAACCUCUGCCAGUUUCAGUGUGAUGCUCAUCAGUAGUGCACAGUUUAAAGAACUUUUGCUGUCCUUUUCUCAAAUGGUUUUUUUAAAAGAGGACAGCAAAUUUCUAGUGUGACAGCAAUCCAAAAAGUAUAUGGUCUGCUGCAUUAUAGCAUGAUCGCUGCUGUGCUAUGAACCCUUAAAUUUUUUUUUUGCUUAUCUUCCAAAAGUAUAGUUAGGAGAUAGUGGAGAACUGUUUGAUUCUAAUAUUUAAAGAAAUAAUUUAUAUUGUUUUAUGAUUUUUUGUUGUUGUUGUUAGGUACUGACAAGUUUGGCUUUGGCUAUGGUGGAACUGGAAAGAAAUCUCAUAACAAACAGUUUGAUAGUUAUGGGGAGGUAUGUUUUUCUUUUUCCAUUUUACCAAAGAAUAGAAUGAUUAAAUGUUGUAGUGAACCAACAAUGAAAUACAUAAAUGUAGGUUAAAUUCGUGUAGCUCUCAAAGGGAGGAAAGUACACAUGCUUUUAACAGAAAUGUGCAUGGUGAUGUUUGGUUCAAUGAGCAUUAAUUUUCUGUGGAGUAUAACUGUUGGACUUUAGCUAACUUGGACAGGGCAUGUGGUAGUCAUGAGAAUAGCCUACCCAUUGUAAUUGUUAGCGACAACACCCUGAAUUGGGUUGGUUGUAUGCAUUCAGUUCUGACAUUCCAGUGGAAAUGUUGCAUUUGGAGUGUUUGCAGUGGUAAGCUGAAAUGGAAAUCCUUGCUAUGGCAUCAUAUGCUCAUGUUUGUUUCAUUGGAGAAGCCACUGAGUGUCAGCUGCAGCAGUGAGACUUUUCUGGUGGCUACCAGUUGCCCAAAUAGUCAUGUAUGGUUUUGCUUCCCCUGAAAGUCCAUCAUUCCCAACUAAUUUACACAAACUAUCUAGAGGUCUUCAGAAGUUGCAUUAUCCAUUUUAAACCUCCUCCACGGUGUGGGUUGGAAGCUGGCGGGCACUGGUAUUCUGCAAGUUUAUUUUACACCUCCAACAAAAUUCAGUAUUGAUAAUUAGAGAUACUUUAUUUCACUUUAUAUCCACCUUCUAAAAUGAUACAGUGGCCAACAAUAAUUAAAACAAGCAUGCCUGAGAAUGAACUAAUAGCUUUAGUGGCAGUAGCAGUUCUGUCUUCAUUACAAUAUAACAGAUAAAAUUUGUUCUAUUGAUUUUUUAAUAUUUAUGUAUAAUACUUUUGUGUGAUCCAUACCUCUUUACAAAAGGCUUGGAUCCAGUGAAGUGCUGUUAGAAGGGAGUUGGUGGAAGGAGACUUUCCUGUCCCUCUUACCCAGGAGCAAACCCCCCCCCCAACAAAAACACUUCUCCUGAGAAUUGGGCGACCAUCCUGAAUUGGAUGAGCUGUGGUGAUGCAGAAUGAGGACUGCUGAAAAUAGGGCAGAGGCACCUUCAGUGAGCAGAGGGGAGCUCCUGCUCACAGAAUGUGCCUCUACUCAAUUUUCAAUGGCCUUCACCUCUUCUGGGCUCUGCCAUUCUUUUCAGGAUAUACUUGCAGGGAGGAGGCUGGCCGAGGGACCAGAAGCAGGAAAAUCUCUUCCUACCAAUGCACUCCUGCACUUUCCAGUAUCCAAGCCAAAAGUAUUAAAGCCAUUGUGAUAAGUAAUGUGCUCCACACAACUGCUGAUGCUUUAUAUUCCUGUAAAACAUACCACUUUCAAUCAACCUCCUUAAUUUUAUUAUCAUUAUUUAUUUUGAUAGGAAUUCACUAUGCAUGACACAAUCGGCUGUUAUGUAGAUGUUGAUAAAGGGCAAAUCAUGUUCUCCAAAAAUGGUAAGCGGUCUACUUCCCUCCCCCCCAUUUAAGUAAUGGGUUAAAUUCAUAAAAAACCAGUCAACAUAAUGCUUUAUUUCCCCCCAGGCAAGGACCUUGGACUUGCGUUUGAAAUCCCACAGCACUUAAAGAACCAAGCACUCUUUGCAGCCUGUGUCCUAAAGGUAAUUUCUGACUUUUUCCAAAGCACAUGAGACUCAUUCUAACCAAUUUAAAAAAGAUGCAUACUCUGCUUCUAUCAUGCUGGACCUUCCUUCCAUUUUAUCAAGCGUUGCUGCUUAUGGAACUUCAAGAAGUUCCAUGAGGCACAAUGAGAAAGGUGCUGCUGGAAAGUUCAGGUCCUAAGCUUCCAUGGAACUAGCGACAGGGCUUUUUUGGAUCCAGGUCCUUCAGUAAUGUGCUGGCAAAAAAUACCUUUCUAUUUCAAGUAGGCUGUCAGUGUAUAAAGAUGAGACCUGCCUUACUGAUGCUCUAAACAGGUGAACCGCUUCUCCUUAAAGGGAUAGUUUUAACACCUCACCUCUAACUUGCAGCAAACAUCACGUGACUUUUCUAUAAAUUCCCAUUGACAAUCUUUAUGCAAGCUUUUCUGUAUUAUGUAUUCUUUUAGAACGCUGAAUUGAAAUUCAACUUCGGCGAAGAAGACUUUAAAUUUCCACCCAAAGAUGGCUUCGUUGCUCUUGAUAAGGCUCCCGAGGGUAACUCUGUGAAAUCCCAGCAUGCAGGUACGCUUGGGGGAUACUCAGGUGUAGGAGCCGCCAUAAGAAAAAUGUCAUAUCACAUAAAGUUAAAAGCUAAAAAAUGUGUGUCCAGUCGUCAACUCAGGACUAAGGCAAUUUUCUCAACAUUUCCUAUUUCAGGAAGUGCGCAAGUAGCACAAACAAAGAAUCAGCCGAAUGCUCCCAAAGCCUUGAUUGUGGAACCUUCCAGGGAACUGGCAGAGCAAACUCUGAACAACGUGAAACAAUUCAAAAAAUACGUGGAUAAUCCUAAAUUAAGGUACAAUGAAAUUGGGACUGGGGGAGUCAUAGGGUGCCUGAAAUCCCCAUGAUUCCAUACACAAUCAUGCUCUUCUCUUACUCUGGUUGGAUAAGAUGAUUUCACAGCACGAAAUGUAAUCUAAUGUAUGUUGCUUUCAGGGAACUCCUAAUUAUUGGUGGAGUUGCUGCAAGAGAACAACUUUCCGUAUUGGAGCAAGGGGUAAGUUUUAAUUGCUCUUAGUUUUCAUUAUAUCUACAAACAUAUCUAUCUCUUUUUUUAAAAAAAAAAAGGUGCACAAAUGAACUGUAGUGAGGGCGUAUUUUUUUUAUAAAAAAAAAUGUAUGACCCCCCCUUGCCUUUCCAUUGCACGAUGUCUAUGGAAACACAAAAGCUUGUGUUUUGGUAUUUUAACUGGUGGGUUGUUUAUUGAAGUGGAAAGUGCUUUGUGACUGUGUGUGGUGCAAAGCAGUGUAUAAUUUUUCGGAAUAAAUAAAAGCAACAUAAAAUUGCAUUAAAGCAGUUAAGAGUCUGGAAGGCAGAUGAGGAGCAAUAUAUAGCCUUUGGUUGAGAAAUCAGUAGUUUAGCUGAUGGUGGCUUUUUAAGUAUCAUGAAUGAGAUAAAGAGUUGUAAAGCACUAUGUACCGUUAAUGCCUCUCUUGCAAUAUUUGUACAGACCUUUAAAAAGACCAUUAAAGUUUUACCUAAGCAAUAAUUUCUGUGUGUACACAGUGUCUUUCAGACAUAAUCUGAAAUGCUUGAAAGAUAAAUACUUCCUUAGGCUACGUUCCAAAUGUUAGUGUUUUCAUAUUAUUUUGGCAUGGACACAGUGUACUAUUGCACUAUUUACAUUUUACAGGUAGAUAUAGUUGUGGGAACUCCUGGAAGACUAGACGAUCUCGUGUCAACUGGAAAACUGACUUUAUCGCAAGUUAGGUUCCUAGUUCUUGAUGAGGCUGUAAGUGUAUAUAUAUAUAUAUAUAUAUAUUAUAAAAUAUUUAUUGAAGUUUAAACAUUACAGAAAAACAGAAGCAAAACAAAAGAAACAAAAAAGAGCAAUAAACAAUUACAAAACCUCAAAAACAAAAAUAAAUUCAAAAAUACAAAACAUCAACAGUACAAAAAGAAAAAGAAAAGCAUUAACAACAACAAAAAAAGCAAAACCCAAAAAAGGACAAACAUAGAAAAGAACCACAUAUUUUCAUAUCCUUAUCUUUCAUUUGCUUAUUUGCUUAUUUCCUCGACUUCCUCACACUUCCUUUUUUGUAUUCUAGUUCAAUUAAAUAUUCCAGCAAGUCCUUUCCCUCUUUCACAAAUUUAGUUCCAUAGUUUAACUUAACACAAUUUUAGACUUAAAUUUACCUCUUUAUCCAAUGUCAAUCUAUUCAUACUUAAUUCUUUAUAAUAUUUCUGCUAAAGUCAUAUAACUUCUUUCCAGCAUCUUUCUAACAUUCGGAUGAGGCUGCAAGUGUAUAGAACAUCUUUUUUGAAUAGCAUAUUUUAAAAAGUUAUAUACAACACACCCCAUGCACUGAUGAAUUACCCCUCUUUCUGGGAGCCUUCUCCCCCCAAAAUAUGUGACGCUUGUUGGACCUUCCUGGGAACAGCAGUGUUAAGGAAUUGUUGAAAAUUCCUUCCCUGACAGAAGGGAAGAGACAUCAGCUGGAUGCCAACCCUCAGCCAGUGCUGUGGCUUAUACUUGGGACUCUGGUCUAAGUGCGAAUGCAGGGGGCAGACAAGCACUUGAAAGCCGGGACCCUGCAUGUCCUGGCAAGAUCCCGUGACUCAAAAUAGCCUAGUAUGCCUCCAACUACCUUUGGUUUUCUGAGCCCCGUCUAAUCUGACUCUCAAAAUAAAAAAAUUCCUUCCAGUAGCACCUUAAAGACCAACUAAGUUUGUUAUUGGUAUGAGCUUUCGUGUGCAUGCACACUUCUUCAGAUACCUUGGUGUGCAUGCACACUUCUUCAAAUUCUUGGUAUCUGAAGAAGUGUGCAUUCACACAAAAGCUCAUACCAAUAACAAACUUAGUUGGUCUUUAAGGUGCUACUGGAAGGAAUUUUUUUUAUUUUGUUUCGACUGCGGCAGACCAACACAGCUGCCUACCUGUAACUGACUCUCAAAGUGAGUGCAGAACAAAUAAGAGAAUUGCAACUGGUUCGCGGAUUACUUCCAUCUGCCCCUGUUCACAUUUCCAUCUGUCAAAAUACCUUCAUAGCCAUUCCAACCAGAGGAGUUGAUGGGUUUAUCGAACCCCUGUAAUUAGUCAGGAGGACUGUUCGUUGAAUAGUUGGAUCUACUACAUACUUUUACUUCAGCUUUAAAACACGUGGGUAAAAUACCUUAAUGAGACUGUGUAAUACUCUUUUUCUACAGGAUGGCCUUCUCAGCCAGGGGUAUUCCGAUUUCAUAAACAGAAUUCAUUCUCAGAUUCCUCAGAUAACUUCAGAUGGGAAGAGGCUGCAGGUAAGAGGUUCGCUUUAAGGUUUCCUAGUUGACCUUUCCCAAAAACUUAGCAUAGCUGUUGUAUGUACCAAAUGUUGUUCGCUCAAGCUUCAUCAUCUCUAAGGAAACUUAAAAACUGUGCACAAUGUUUUCUGAGCCACUGUGAACUAGGAACUUGCACAAUUUAGUUUCUAUUGCUCUAGCUGAAAUAAUAUAUUUCAUAAUAAAAUAGUGUGGGGGUAAACAAAAACUGAGAACACUUCCAAGUGUCUACUCAAAUUGAUGGUGUCCUCAGGUUCCUGCUGUUUGGCAGUGCAUGAAAAGCGAAAGCAAGGGAAGUAACACUAGCAAGAAAUUGAUCCAUACUUCCAGGGGAAAAGAGGAUUGUUGAGAAGCCUUGCUGGCUUCUUCUUUCUCCUUUUCUUUCUGUCUCUUACUCAGGCGCCACAAGGCUAACCUUUAUGGAUGGAAGACUUUACACACACAGUAUGCAGUAACAAGAUUUUGCAUUUACUCAUUUAUUUGUCUGCAUUUCAGUGGACCGUAAUACAUCAAUGUCCCAGUGUUGUGCUUAAGCAUCCAUGUACCUUACAAUGACUUGCCUAGGCAUUCUGCCAAAUGCCUCAGUUCUUAAUGUGAAGAUUUCCCAUACAUCACUCCCAGUUCACCAGAUAUAAGUGGCUGAGCAGCUGAUGCUUCUGCCAGCACUUGUCUUGACUAAAAGAGGUUUAUUUUGUAAAUUUUACAGAUUGACAGGAGUCGAGAACGGUAAUUGCAGAGGGGCUUGUGACAUGUACAAGCAACAGUAAAGGUCUUUACCCUUUUCAACUCUGCUUGUUUGUUGUUGUUUCUAGGUUAUUGUGUGUUCUGCAACUCUGCAUUCGUUUGAUGUGAAGAAAUUAUCUGAAAAGAUCAUGCACUUCCCCACUUGGGUAGAUUUGAAAGGAGAGGAUUCUGUCCCAGAUACAGUGCACCAUGUUGUUGUCCCUGUAAAUCCCAAAAAUGACAAAUACUGGGAAAAGAUUGGUAAAAAUCACAUCAGGGUAAGUAGUACAAAAUAUAUUGGAAUAGACAGAAUUUUUUUAAAUUCCGGAUUAUAUUUUCAAAAUGUACACAAACAUUUAAGUUGGAAUUGUGGAAUAAAGGACAAAAGAAAUGGGAUUCCAUAACUCAGAUUAUGAAUGUUAAGAACAUUGUUGUGAAAUGCCUGUUUCAGCUUGAAAUGUAGUUCAGGAACUCAAAACUCGUUGGACAUAUUGUAGGAUGUGUGGUGGGCCUUGCAACCUUUUUAUUUUACUGUAAUAAUGUCCUAGUUCCUUACUGAGGUUGGGAGGUUUGGUGUGGACUCCUCUCACAUCCAGAUCUCCCUGUGGCUGAUUGACAUCCGUUCCUCAAAUAAAAUGUGUUGGAGGGGAUUAUUGGGUUGCUCUUGUUUUUAUUAUGUGUUUUGUGUUUUUUUGUUGUGAACAGCUCUGAGACCUGGAUGCCUGUGUUUGGCUGCAUCAUUUCAAUCUCAGCCUUAAGAUUGGGCUACAAAGCCAUGUGGCUGCAGAUAACUAUUUUUAAAGGAUUACUAAACAAUGAAAUAUAAAUGACUGUGUGCUUUCUUGCAGCCCUGCAUUCUUUUGCAUUAGCUCUGAAUGCCUUUUGUCACUUUUAACAUUUCUAAUUUUACUUUUCAGACUGAUGAGGUGCAUGCAAAGGACAAUACAAGACCUGGUACUAACUCUGCAGGUAACCAAUCAUUUGGUACACACAUAGCUCAGUUAGAGUGUGAUGCUGAUAACACCAAGGUUGCAGGUUCGAUCCCCAUAAGGGAAAGCUGCAUAUUCCUGCUUUGCAGGGGGUUGGACUAGAUGAUCAUCAGGGUUCCUUCCAACUUUGAUGCUUUUGUAUUUGUAGAAGCCAAUGGCUUUAGCAAAGUUCUUCAGUAAAGGAUAAGCUGCAUGAAUCAAUAAAGCAACAUCACUUUAUUUCAGUACUAAGAUCUUGUUACAGUUAACCAAGGCAGGGGGCUGAAUAUUUGUAUAGUAAAAUAAAAUAAAAAAUCUCACAAGAUAAGGCACCCCCAACGGAAAAUGUUAAUACCUUUUAACUAGCAUUUCUUAGUUAAGUUUUAGAACAUAGUUGAAAUCUAUGGCUAUCAUUCUAGAAGGAUGAGUUGCCUCAAUUCAAUGUUGUACAUGGUGUCAGAAUAAACUGUCAUUUUUCAGUGUAUGCAUGCUUAAUACGCUGUGUAGGAAUAAUUUAUCUUCUUCCUUAGAAAUGUGGUCAGAAGCGAUUAAGAUUUUAAAAGGAGAAUACACUGUCCGGGCCAUUAAGGAACACAAGAUGGAUCAAGCAAUAAUCUUCUGCAGGACCAAGAUAGAUUGUGAUAACAUGGAACAAUACUUCAUGCAGCAAGGAGGAGGUAGUAAUUUCAUGCCUGUUAGUCUUCAUUUUGUCUAUUUGCAAGGUGAUACCAGUUUGCAGAUCUUUCCUCCAGGUUUGAUUGAUUGAUUCCAAAUGGUAGUUUUUCAUCCUGGAUAUUUUCCAUAAUGGUUAGAUUUCCUCCUGCUUCUGCUAUGUUCAUGUAACGCCUUCUCAAAGAACUAGAGGUGGUGGUAUAUCUCAGUUACAGCCCUCUAAAAAAACAUCCCUCACAGCAAUGAAUUACCCUGGAGAUACUUUUUUAAAGUUUUCCUUAAUUAAACUAACUUGCCCAGAAAAUCUUCAUAUGUGGUUACUCUCCUCUGUUAAUUUGCAUGGCAGUGGAGGAAGUCUGCAAUUAGAAAUGGAUGGCCGCUUAGUUUGGUCAGCAUAUUUAUAAAUUUGUUCGGUUUUCUAUUUUCCGUUUUUCUAUUUUAUUUCAUAUUGCCCACUUCAUACAACACAGUGUGCCAAACUUUGACUUGCAGAUGCGCUGCCUUUCUGAUCCUUUAUGCUGCCAAGUUUGGCUUAGUGUUUGGCUUAGUGUGUCAUGCAAACCAUCAUGAAAACUGCCAUCUAAUACAAAGGUUGUAUAAAGAUUUUUUUGUAAGACUAAAACAAAGAAAGAAAUUCCAUCUUUCCCCCAGGACAAGCUGUCUGUUUUAAAUCUGGUGCCACAUCACGUUUGCUUUAGGAUAAAGCUCUCUUUCAUACUUCUUCAUAACUAGCAAUGAGAGUCCUAAUAUACUGCUUUUGUUUGGUUUUAAGGUCCAGAUAGGAAAGGACAUCAGUUCUCCUGUGUCUGCCUGCAUGGUGACAGAAAGCCUCAUGAAAGAAAACAGAAUUUGGAGCGCUUUAAGGUAAUGGUCAGAGCUGUGCUGUUGAAUAGGCUAACCUAGUAAAGCAUUAUUUAUUCAAGGGGGGAUUUUAAAUGGUGAGGCUAUGAGAUACAGCUUUUUAUUAGGGAAAAGAAAGGAAAGAUAUCCUUCAUAGCACAAAUAGUAGUUGUGUUUCUUCCUAUUAAAUUGUAACUUGAACUUCUUUCAGUCAUUAUUAUUAUUAUUCAGUCUUUUAAAAUGGCUUCUAUAUUUAAGGGUUAUUUAAUAUGCCAAUCUAUUUCAGUUCAUUUGGUAAAAAGGAAGUAAUCAGCUAGAAAAAGGGUGAACAGGUCUAGUAAUUACAUGUAACCUUAGAUCAUUAUUUAUUUAUUUUAUACAGCAGUAUAAAGAAUACAGUCAUCGUAAUUGGGAAAAUACAAAAAUCUCAAUAAUGCAUGGUUCAUUCAUUCUUAGUUCGUUUAGCUUCAGAGCUAAUGAAAAGAGAGGAAAAACAGACAGCAAAUGAUACGAAUCAAUCAUCAUUAUUGGGAAAACCAAAAAUCAAUAAUCUUGCAUAAUUAGUUCCGGAGAUCCUUAAAGAAAAGAGGGAGCCAAAACCAGAGACAGGAGAUGUAAAGAUAAAGCAAGAGGAGAUAACAAAUAGAUUACUGUUCAAAUUGUUCCUAGUAUUACAUGUGGCUGAGCUGUUACCUAAGAUUUUAUACCCUAUUUUUCAUUUCCUCUUUCCCUUUUGGUAAAACUGCAGCAAAGUUUUGGCCUUCAUUCAAAGCCCAUAUGCACUGACACAUUCACUCAAUAAUACUAGUAUACUUUACAAUCAGUGCAGACAGUGAAGCCCCAUUGAAUCCUAAGCAGUGAGCCUGAAGCAUCUGUGUAUUACCUACCAAGACUACUGUGGUUGGUCUGAGCAGUCAGUAUAACUUCUGUUCAGGAACUGCAAACCCACGGGGGCCCAUAUUGCCCCCAUAUCUGGUCAUAGUCCGGUGGCAGCUUCUGCAGUAGGCUAAACAUUAGGAUUCCAGGUACAAAAAGAUAAGGACAGUGUUGUCAGUAGUGUGGUUUGGGGAGAGUGGUUUAUAUUCUAUGAUUCCAUGAGCAGAACUCUACACAGGGAAAGGGUGGUCCUGGUACUGUCCAGGAUGCAAUUUUUACUUCUUUUCACUAGUUCGUCAUCUCCCUGCUCCCCAACCCCCCAAAGAAAUCUCCAGAGGGCAAGGGGACACUCGAGAAUUGGAUUGGAAGUGGUGUGUGUGUGUGUGUGUGUGUGAGAGAGAGAGAGAGAGAGAGAGAGAGAGAGAGAGAGACCAACCAACCCAUCCAUCCAUCCAACAAACAAACCAGCUGCCCUGUUAACAAUUCCAUUUGGUCAAAGGCCCUUCCAUUCAUAGAAGCACUAAAUUCGUGCAUAGACAGGCACCUUUUUCUCCGACCCCAUGUCUUUCAUUUGAAUGUGUCUUUUAGUUGUAGGUGAUGCCUUGCCUUUAAACUGAAAUAGUUAUAUGUGAAUGAAAAUACAUGGCUCUUUAACAAACUUCUCUGUUUAGAAAGGAGAUGUCAGAUUCUUGAUCUGCACUGACGUUGCCGCUAGAGGAAUUGAUAUCUCUGGUGUUCCUUAUGGUAAGAACCGAAAACUCUCACUAGAAAGUAGCUAUUUGUUGAUGGCAAAUCUGAACACCCAUUUAUUCCUCUCUCUUUGAUGUCAUUAAAAAAAAAUGGGCUCAAACCCAUUUUCAGGUAAACAUUCAUAAAUCCCAUAGAAUUCAGUGGGAGAGUUGGGCAUAGGCUGAUUCUCUCACGUUAAAAUCAGCAAAACUUAAAAGUGCUUAACUUGGAAUAAGGGCUGUAUUUCAAUGAUAGAGAACCUGUUUUUCCUGAAAAGGGUACUAGGUUUAAUCACAGGAUCUCUAGAUAGAGCUGGAGAAAACUUUUCUGAAGUCCUGGGGAGCUGCUUCCAGUCAACAUAGAUGUAGAUGAAUUCGCUGUCUGAUGCUCUUAGCCCUUCCUGGGUUACAUUACACAUAUAAGGGAAAAGCCAAACAGGUGGGGUAGGUAAUAGAAAAACGUAAUAUGGGAAAUGUAUGGAGUUUUCCUUAAUUUAUCAUUUCACCUAAAUAAAUUGUGUACAAACGAGGGUUUUUUAACAACUCAGCGUCUACUCUUUCUCCUUGAUCAGUUAUCAACGUCACACUUCCAGAUGAAAAACAGAACUACGUUCAUCGGAUUGGCAGAGUGGGAAGAGCUGAACGGUAUGCUUUCAAACCUUUCUUAUCCCAUUUUGUUCCUUUUAUACUUGAGUCUAUUAACUAAAAUGUAUGUGUGUUUCAGGAUGGGUCUGGCUAUUUCUCUUGUGGCAACAGAAAAAGAAAAGGUAAGUUCUACUUUCCUGAGAGGGAAAUAGGGAAUAUAUAGAGGGAAUAAACAGCAGAUAAGAUCUUUUUGUCUUUUUACUGUCUUAAUUUUAUAUCUAACCUUUCAGAUCCAAAGUUGGUCCACAGUGGCUGAUAAAAUCACAAAGAACAGUCCACAUAGCCAUUAAGAAUUUAGGCUUUCCAUAGUACUUAACUCAAAGUCAGAAAUUUCCAUAGUACUUAACUCAAAGUCAGAAAUUUUGAUACUGCUACAAUUUUAUUGGAUGUUUUAAGGGGGGGUUCCUUAAUAAUGCUUAAACGCUCAUGGGUUUUGAUUCCUAAUAUGUUGUUCAAACUUCUUACCUAGGUUUGGUAUCACUCAUGCCCCAGUCGAGGAAAAGGUUGCUAUAACACUCGCCUGAAGGAUGAGGGUGGUUGCACCAUUUGGUACAAUGAGAUGCAGGUAACUUUUUUCACUAGUACCGCUAAAAGCCCUUCUUUCUUCCUUUGCAUUUCUAAAAUCAGGCCAACUUGGGUUCCUGGUAGAUCUUUAAACUCCGGCCAUUGGAAUACUAGGCUCCCCAAGCUGUUUUAAGGUUUUAAAUGCUAGUACUAACACCCGUGUACAACUUUUGCUAGCCUUUAAUAUUGCAUGCAGUGGCAGAAGGUUGUGUUAAGACUAUGUUUCUAUUUGAGUGUGCCAUCCUUAACUCCUAAAAGCUGGGGAUGAUCUUGCUUAAGUUUGAAUUUUUUAAUUAUCAUUUUUAUUUGGUUUUACAAAUUUAUUCACACUCAAAAUCACAAAUAAUAAUAAAAUUAAAAAAACACAAGAUUCUUUCGAAUCUCUGGAUUUCCCUCCUCCCCUCCAUGGGUUCUUUAGUUAACCUUUUCAACUGCGUACUAUAAGUCCUCCUAAUUGUUCAGUUCUCCGUCAUAUCUAAAGUCUGUGUAACGCUACAAGAGUUAUUUAAGACAUGCUAAAGAGUUCAGAUGUUUACAGUGGUCUGUAAGAUAUUGUAUGAAUUUCUCCCAUUCUUUACUGAAGUUUUGAUCCUCCUGGUUUCUGAAUUUCCCAGUCGUUCUCACCAUCUCUGCAUAGUCUUAAUAGUUUAGUCUGCCAGUCCACCUUAAGUUUUUAUUCCCAUUGGGUAGCAUCCAAUUGUGUCACACAGCGAGUCUUCUCCUUCCCACUGCAGCCUCUCCCCCACCCCUCACCCCAUUCUGCUGCAGAGGGAGUGGGCAGAAUUUCCCUCACGCAGCAUUAUUAUUAUUAUUAUUUAUUGAAUUUAUAUACCGCCGUAUACCCGGAAGACAUUGGAUAUCGCCCAUUGAUUUCAGCAGAGCUUACAUUCUUAGCUUCUUGACCGGAUCAUGCGUGGCAUGAGUAAAAUGGUGUGCAUCACCCAACCAUCUUAAUCAUAUGGCCAGGUUUCUUAAUGGAAUUACAUUUCAGUAGCAUUGGUUUUAGAGGCUAACAUUGGAUCAUUAGUGGACUUCCCAUGUGCGUUUGCUGCCAUGAAGAAUCAAGAACCAUCUUUGUGUUUUCUUUUUCUUUGUAUUCUCUUCCCUUAGCUGCUGGGCGAGGUAGAAGAGCAUCUGAACUGCACCAUUUCGCAGGUUGAGCCAGAUAUAAAAGUCCCAGUAGAUGAUUUCGAUGGUAAAGUCACCUAUGGGAAAAGGAGAGCUGCUGGAGGUAAGUGAAGAAUUAUUGAAUAGAAAUCUUGCUGCAUUUUGGAAUAGGGAACUGGGUUUUCUGGUCAGUUGGAAUCUAUUCUUUCUCUCCCCCCCCCCCCACAUUUUCUGUGGAUUAUUAUUCUGUGCACCCAGAAUUCUGCACACCCAGUGGAGCAGCAAGCUUGUUUUGAAACUUCAGAUCUCCUAAUGUGAUUUGAUAGCAGCAUGUGGGUUUACUAUUUCAGAAACAUUGCUGACCACCACACAAUCCUAAAUUAGCUCUCUAGAUUACAUCCAUCAGGGGGCAAAGGGUCUUUUUUUAACAAAUAAGUAUGGUGGGAAUAAUCAAUAUUCUCUUGUAGCUCAACCGUAAGUAGGCAGGACAAGUGUAAUUUAGACUUUGGUUCUUUUGGCAGGUGGAUCCUAUAAAGGCCAUGUGGAUAUUUUGGCACCUACAGUACAAGAGUUGGCAUCCCUUGAAAAGGAGGCACAGACAUCUUUCUUGCACCUUGGUUACCUUCCCAAUCAACUGUUUAGAACAUUUUGAUUUGGCGCCGGGGUGAGAGUUGGGUGUUAGACUUCUAGCCUGGAAAUGCGAAAAUCCUUGUAGCAGUAGGACUCCGUUUGCAUAUACAAACCUUGCAUGCCGAGCAGUCUCUGAAAAAUGUAAACCCUGAUGAAUUAGCUAUUAGUAUUGAUCUAAUAAAAACAGAACUGCUUAGAACUAUA